AUGGCCCACACUAUUCUUCACCUCCGAUCCGAAACCAAGCCCUUGGAACACAGGAGCGCCCUCACCCCCACGACUACUCGCAAGCUGGUCGAGGCCGGCUACGAAGUCAGAGUUGAAAGGAGUCCCGUUCGCAUCUUUGACGAUGCCGAGUUCGAAGCCGCUGGCGCAACCCUUGUGCCCGAAUACUCCUGGGAGUCAGCCCCAUCGGACGUGAUCAUCGUCGGUCUCAAGGAGCUUGAGGAGAAGGAGUUCCCUCUCAAGCACGUCCACGUCACAUUCCUCCACGUCUACAAGAACCAAGGUGGCUGGGAGAAGACACUCGGCCGUUUCCCCCGUGGCGGCGGCACUCUUCUCGACCUCGAGUUCCUGGCCAACGAGUCCGGUCGCAGAGUCGCAGCCUUCGGUUUCCACGCUGGUUUCUCUGGCGCUGCUCUUGCUCUCGAGAACUGGGCCUGGCAGCUCACCCACCCUGGCGAGCCCUUCCCUGCCGUCGAGGCGUACCCCAAUGAGGAUGCUCUCAUCGUCGAUGUCAAGAAGGCCUUGGACGAGGGUAUUGCCAAGGCUGGUCGCAAGCCCAGAGUCAUUGUGAUUGGUGCUCUUGGACGUUGCGGUUCCGGUGCCGUUGAGAUGGCCAAGAGAGCCGGUGUUGAGGAUAUCGUUCGCUGGGAUAUGGAGGAGACCAAGAACCCCGGCCCUUACAAGGAGAUCACGGAUGCCGACAUUUUCGUCAACUGCAUCUACCUCAGCCAACCUAUUCCCCCUUUCCUCAACCGCGAGUCUCUGCAGGUCCCCGGUAGAAACCUCAGCGUGAUUUGCGAUGUUUCUGCUGACACCACCAACCCCCACAACCCGAUUCCCGUCUACACCGUGGCUACCACCUUCGACAAGCCCACCGUCCCCGUCGAGGGACUGGAGAACCCUCCCCUGAGCGUCAUCUCCAUCGACCACCUUCCGUCUUUGUUGCCGAGGGAGUCUAGCGAGGCCUUCAGCAACGACCUGCUGCCUACCCUCCUGAACCUCAAGGACUGGCGCAACGAUUCCGUCUGGGCCCGCGCCGAGAAGCUCUUCCAGGACAAGGUCGCCCUGCUCCCCGCCGAGCUUCAGAAGAGAGAGGCCUAG